AUGGAUGGUGGUUUGGGUUUGAGAAAAGGUGCAUGGACUGAAGAAGAAGAUAUGCUUCUAAGGAAAUGCAUUGAGAGGUAUGGAGAAGGCAAGUGGUGUAAGGUUCCUCUUAGAGCAGGGCUGAAUAGAUGUCGAAAGAGCUGUAGGCUUAGAUGGUUGAACUAUCUCCGGCCGGGUAUCAAAAGAGGGGAGUUCAGUUCAGAUGAAGUUGAUCUGAUUAUCAGGUUUCAUAAGCUCUUAGGGAACAGAUGGUCGUUAAUUGCCGGCAGACUUCCCGGAAGAACAGCGAACGGCAUAAAGAAUUAUUGCAAAACGCGGUUGAGCAAGAAUAAGCUUGCCCCAAAAAAAGAAGAGAAAGCGAAGUACAGCACAGUUGAGAAGUUCAAAGCUAUCAGGCCUCAGCCUCGUACUUUGUCAAAAAGCUCUCGAUGGUUCAGACCAUUGGCUGAUAAUUCCACCAGUGAGGGCGUUACGAGCCAAUCAGGAGGAGAAAUUCUUAGCAAGGCGGCCUCUGAUAAUUCUACAACUGUGGGCACAAAUAAUCGAUCAGGAGAAAUGCCUAACGAGACAACUCCUGAUCUUCCACCGCCUACAGACGAUCUCAUGCAAUGGUGGAAGAGUGUCUUAGAUGAAAGUGAUCAUAUGGACACCACCUGCCCCAUUAUCCGUGGGUCAGAAAGAUGUGGACCUUCAGUUCAAGUGCAACCAACUAUAGAGGGUGGGAACCCUUAUCAGUGGGAUAACUUUGACAAGACUGAUGAGUGGGACGAUUUGUCUUUUAGUGAAAAAGUUUGGGACUUAUUAGCGUCAGAAAUGAAUCAAAUUUCGGGGGAGGUGGGGGAGGGGGCAAUGAAUCAUAGGUACACCUUGGGGAAUGAUAGUGAGGGUAGUCCUCGAUGCGAGGCAACCAAGGUUAGGAUGUCGGAGACUGACACCAAUGUGGUUGAGGUCGAUGAUGAGGGUGAGGCUGAGGUCCGAGAGAUUGGUGCCAACAAGGUGGCCGAGGCCAAUGUGGAGUCUGAAGAGCGGUUUGCCUCAGCUUCCUAA